GUUAGACCUGUUAUAACAAUAUAAACAUAAACCAUUUUUUUUGUUUUAUCGACAUAAGCUUUUGGCAUAAACGUGUUUCACGCUUCAACAUCAGACAUUAAUAUUAUUGUCUUGGCCGAUAUUGUUCUGUGGUAUUACUGCUCGCUACGCAUUGUAUUAUUUACAAUUAAUUUACACUUUCCAUGCCACGUCAAAAUUUCAUCAAACUUCAAAGUAGUUAAUAGUUGCGACGUACGACGGAUAUAUUAUUCUUGUAUACAAAAAUUUAGUUCUGCCGACUGGUCUGAUUGUUCUGCAAAUCAAGAUAUUUAGUAUUAUAUUCUAUUGCUGAAUUAUGAACGAUUAUUCUAUUGAACCAGUAGUCGAUUCAGAAUUGUAUGAAGUCGAAGAAAUUAGACAUUUGUAUGAUCUUUUUGAUGUUAUAAGUGUCCAUAAAGUACAAAAUCCACUGCUUUGGGGGUUAUACACAUUAAGAAAAAAUGAAAUGGAAAUAAAUACUAAAAGUAUGGAGGUAAAUGAAUGGCUUUUAUAUCAUGUUACUGCCACUAAAAAUGUUCAAUCAAUUGCUGAGAAUAAUUUAGACUGGCGUUUCACAAGUCGUUGUCGAUAUGGAAAAGGUGUUUGCUUUUCAUACUGCCCUUUGUAUGCCAACAAAUAUGCAUCAUGUGCUCGGGGAUCAACUUCUGCAGUAGAUUAUGAUGAAAAUCUAAUGCAAAUACUUAUUAAUAUGGGUUUUCCAAGAGAGGCAAUCAAACGAGCAUUAUUUUAUACUUACAAUCAAGGAUUAGAAUGUGCUACUAAAUGGCUUAUGGACCAUAUUACAGAUAAUAAUUUUGCUGAACCUUUUGUUCCAUCCAGACAUGAUUUUAAUAGUGAAAUUUCAAUUGAGCGAGCAUUUAUAAUUUGUCGAGUCUUAGUUCAAAGAAUCAAAGAUGUUAACGUCAGUUAUAGUUUGAAUGUUAUACCUAAUGUUUAUGAUACUGCUAAAUCAUUGAAUGGUAUGGUUUAUGUAAAAUUUAAUGAUUAUGAAUUUUAUCCACAAUACAUUGUGUAUUACAGAGAACAUAAUUUAACUCAAUAUGCUGAUCCGUAUUCAUGUAAUUUCAAUUAUAACUAUUGCGGUGAUCAAUGAUAAUAAUGUAUUAUAAAUUGACUAAUUAUAGAUUUUUUUUUAUCUAAGUUAUCUUUUAUGUUUACUGUAUUUUGAUUUAAGCGUAUAAAUAGCAACAUUAUAAUUUUAGAUUAAUCCAUCAAAAUUUAUUUAACUCAUACAUUAAGUAGGUACUUUUAAUUUUUAUUA